CGACCGAGUGAAAGCGCUCAAUAGCCCUGUUCCUGCAUGCCAUUGUAGUCGGCUGGUGCCACUAUCCACAACACCACAUAAUACAACCGAAGCAGAAGAAUACCAAGAUCCAGCGUCACCGGCCCAGAUCCCGGGUUUCCCUCCUCGGCACGCACCGCCUCGUUGCCAUUCCUCCUGCCCCACUAAUUGGGCUGCCGGUAACCAAGACGCCUGGUGUACUCCGCGUAUCCCUUCCCGCCCUCGCCCCAGCACUCCUUCACCCUCUAUGUCUGGGGUCCUAGUCCCCUCUCUCCACGUGCACGACCCAUACGUAUCGCAGCAAUCAUGGAGGUCGACAUUGCGCCCCAAUUUGGCGCCGAACUGAAGGAUGGCUUCAAGACAGUCAACGCUUGGGUCUCCGGCGGCAUCUCCUGGCUGGAUGACAUCCAACAGUUCUACCGAGAACGAAGCGCUAUCGAGAAGGAAUACUCGGCAAAACUCAGCGCACUUGCGAAGAAGUACUAUGAGAAGAAGGCAAAGAAGCAGAGCAGCCUCAGUGUUGGUGACACACCUACUGUUACUCCAGGCUCGCUCGAGAGCGCUUCUAUGACCACAUGGGGUGUUCAAUUAAGCACCCUCGAAUCCCGCGCCUCUGAACACGAACAAUUCGCUGGUGCUCUCAUCACCCAGCUCGCUGACCCCCUCAAGGUCCUUGGUACUCGCACCGAGGAGCUGCGCAAGUUGCACGGAGACUAUGCUGCUAAAUUAGAGAAGGAGCGCGACAACCAGUAUGGCGAGUUGCGCAAACAAAAGGGCAAAUACGACAGCGUCUGUCAGGAGGUCGAGAGCCGGCGCAAGAAGGCGGACGGCGCAUUUGACCACGGCAAAGCCAAAGCACGAAAUGCUUUCGAACAGCAGCAGGUCGAGAUGCGCAACGUCAAGAACACCUAUCUCAUCAGUAUCAACGUAACCAACAAGCAAAAGGAGAUGUACUACCAUGAAUACGUUCCUGAGCUACUAGACAGCCUACAAGAUCUUUCGGAAACACGGGUUAACAAGCUGAAUUCGAUAUGGUCACUCGCCGCUCAAAUCGAAACCCAAACACUUACGCGAAGUACCGAGUAUCUAAAGCACCUUUCUGCCGAGAUCCCGCGAAACAACCCUCUUCUCGACUCGAUGAUGUUCGUACGGCACAACGCUGGCUCAUUCCAGGAGCCUGGUGACUUCCAGUUUGAGCCCAGCCCGGUUUGGCUAGACGACAGUAGUAUCGCCGUCGACGAUUCCGCGACGGUAUUCCUGCGCAACGUUCUCACGAAAUCGAAGGCGUCACUAGGGGAGUACCGACGCGAGCUCGAGAAGAAACGUAAAGAGGUUGAGAAUGCCAAAACGGUGCGCCAGAACAUAAGGGACGGAAAGGACAAAAGAGAUGAAGUGGACAUCGUUCGCGCUGUCUUCGCCAUACAGGAACAAAUGCAUGAGGUGGAGAGACAGAAAGUCAGCGCCGAGGUUGAAGUUUCGACCAUUACUUCAGUUGUUGGUGACUUGAGCAUUGGUGCAAGGAACCACAACUUCAAGUCGCAGACAUUCAAGAUACCGACGAACUGUGAUCUAUGCGGAGAUCGGAUAUGGGGUUUGUCAGCGAAGGGGUAUGACUGUCAAGAUUGUGGCUAUACGUGCCAUAGUAAGUGCGAGAUGAAGGUUCCCGCCGACUGUCCCGGCGAGCAGUCCAAGGUGGAGAAGAAGAAGUUGAAAGAAGAAAGGCAGAAGGCCGCGCAUGCAGUGACAGCGACGAAUGGCGCCGCGACGAGCUCCAGUACGAAUCUACCCCCACUGGGGAGAAGCGACACGGUAAACUCCAUGAACACCCUCAGCUCUGGCUACUCGGCCACUGCGCACCGGUCAGUAUCUGGAGGCAUGUCGCCUACUGCCGAGGAAACUCCUCCACCACCAGAGAAGAAGGCGCCGACUGUACCGGGUGCUAGGAAAAACCGGCUAGUUGCUCCACCACCUACUCAAUACGUCAAGAACGACGAGGAUAUGCCUCCGCCCACACCGAAGUCUGCAGAAGCGAAGGGUAGAAUGCUUUACGCCUAUCAAGAGAAUGGAGAGGGCGAAUUGACUGUUGCAGAUGGUACGGAUGUUACCAUUGUAGAACCCGAUGAUGGUUCUGGAUGGAUGAAAGUCCGUGCUGGCUUCAAAGAGGGUCUUGUCCCAGCAGCGUAUGUCGAGAUGACGGUCGCAACACCACCUACCACUGCUUCCACAUUCUCAUCAGCAAGACCUGACUCGACGUACUCGGCAUCGUCGGCAUCAACCACCAACUUUGCCGCGGCUGCCACUCCCGGUAAGAAGAAGGGACCCGCCGUUGCGCCGAAGCGUGGCGCGAAGAAGUUGAAGUACGUCGAAGCACUGUAUGACUACACUGCGCAAAGCGACGCAGAGCAUUCCAUGUCAGAAGGAGACCGCUUUGUUCUCAUCAACAUGGAGGCUGGCGACGGCUGGGCAGAUGUCGAGAAAGAUGGCGUAGUACGCAGUGUACCAGCCAACUACGUUCAGCAAGUCUAGAUCACUUGUCUAGUAGCAGUUCGCGAGAUGAGCUUCUUCUGAUUGAUUAGUUCGUUGUCUACAGCGUGGGAGUGUUGGAGACGAGCUACCUGCAUGGAGUAUCGCUAGAGUAUCUGUACAUACCUGAAGGAAUUACUUUUGCCAAGUCUAUUGCUUUGCGCCAGUGUAGUGUAUGCAUUUGUUGCAGUCACAAAAAUUGGUCGGUCAUGCAUGCUGAGGCACUAUGAGCCCUGCAUGUCGGCACGAACAUGUGG